AUGUAUCAAGACUAUAUGGAGGUCAACUAUAAGGAAUACAUCAUUAGUGAUGUACUUUAUUCAUUCUUUAUUCUUGCAACAACCUUGUGGUGCAUAGUGCUCAUCAUCUAUUAUAUCAUCACUGUUGUACAAGGAGGAACUUUUUUCUCUCAUAAUUCUGUUAUACUGGGAUACUUUGAUUAUCUAGCAGGAAUAACAAAAGGAAUUGCUCCAACACUUCUUGUUGGGCAUGUUGCAGCAGGUUAUGCUUGCCCAGAUGAAUCUUGGCAGAGAAGUGUGAUUUCAGGCUCACUUCACUUUGGGACACAUUUUGGAGACCAGAGCUCUCAGCAAGAUUCCAUGAUCAGCAUCAAUCUUGAAUCUCAGCAGGAGAUAGAUGAUGUAUAUGACCAUCAGAAUCCAGCAUCUUCUGAGGAAGAUAGUGCCUAUGACAGUGGCAUCCAAGAGGAUGACUUGGAGGUGACCCCACAGGAGAGAGAGAAAGAUAAAGGAUAUAGCUAUUGCAUGUUGAAGGGCUCUAAGGAAGAUAUUGGUAUUGAGAGUGUCAUCUCUGAGACUUAG